CUGCCCCGCCUGCAGGUGAGCAGUGGUGCCUGAGAGCCAGCUCCGUCUCACUGCCUGCCCACUCGAGUGGCAAAUCCCUGGAGUAGUCUGUCCCCUCUGGAGCCUCAGCAGAUCCUUCUUGCAGAACUCACUACCAAGAGCCCUGAACAGGAGCCACCAUGCAGUGCUUCACCUUCAUUAAAACCAUGAUGACCCUCUUCAAUUUCCUCAUCUUCCUGUGUGGUGUCGCCCUGUUGGCCGUGGGCAUCUGGGUGUCAAUCGAUGGGCCAUCCUUCCUGAAGAUCUUCGGGCCGCUGUCGUCUAGUGCGAUGCAGUUUGUCAACGUGGGCUACUUCCUCAUCGCUGCUGGCGCUGUGCUCUUUGCGCUCGGUUUCCUGGGCUGCUACGGUGCUCAGACUGAGAGCAAGUGUGCCCUCAUGACGUUCUUCUUGAUUCUCCUCCUCAUCUUCAUCGCGGAGGUGGCAGCUGCUGUGGUCGCGCUGGUGUAUACCACCAUGGCUGAGCACUUCCUGACGUUGCUGGUGGUGCCCGCCAUCAAGCAAGACUACGGUUCCCAGAAGGACUUCACCCAAGUGUGGAACACCACCAUGGCGGGGCUCAAGUGCUGUGGCUUCAACAACUACACGGAUUUUGAGGGCUCUCCCUACUUCAUGCAGAACCAUACCUUUCCCCCGUAUUGUUGCUUCGACAAUGGCAAUGGCACAGCCACAGAACCCUGCACCGAGGAGAAGGCUAAGGACAAGAUUGUAGAGGGUUGUUUUGGUCAGCUUCUGUAUAACAUCCGAACCAACGCAGUCACUGUGGGUGCUGUGGCAGCCGGAAUUGGGGGCUUGGAGCUGGCUGCCAUGAUCGUGUCCAUGUAUCUGUACUGCAAUCUGAAAUAAGUCUGCUUCCGCCUCUGCCACGGCUGCUG